CUUCUUCGUCUUCGAGUAUAGCGGGGGCAAUGUCAAGGUCUAUAAGGCUUGGUACAUCCCUGCCAGUCGAUCAUUUCUCGUCGAGAAACCUGAUCGUUCCGUAGAGUGCCUCGGUAGGUACCAGUUGAUCUUAACGAAGAAAGGAAAGAAAAAAUAAAGCCACUUGCUAGACAUGAGGAAUACCGUACUACUGUGCUAUGCAUGCUCGCUGCUGAUCGGCGCCCAUGCCAUCGGAAGAUAUAGGGGCCUAGAAUUUCUAGAGCCUUGCUCCAGAAAUGAUCAAAAACUAGAGAUCUGCCUCGCUAGAACAGCAAAUACACUUGUCGACCAUUUCCGUCAAGGUUUACCGCAACUGGGUUAUCAUGAAGUGGAACCGAUUAUCCUGGACGAGUUGCAUAUCGCGCUUGGCGGUGGCCCAAAUGGUUACAGGGCUCAAUUUAAAAAUAUCACUGCGAGAGGAGUCUCUGCCCUGCGAAUAACCGGCCUGAGGACGAGACUGACUGACGAUGAGGUGCAAUUGCAACUAGCCUUUAGCAUUCCCAGAAUUAGAGCAGCCGCGAAAUACCGGUCUAGUGGAACUUUAAUCUUAGUACAAGCUAGCGGUGCUGGAGACUAUUGGGGCGAAUACGAGGAUGUCAGGGCCAAGGUCUUUAUUAGAGCAAAACCAUUUUUAUAUGAGGGCCGUCGUUAUCUCAGAUUGCAACAACUGAAAAUGGACUUCAGCGUAAAGGAUAUCAGAAUGGGAGUCGAAAACGUGCUCAACACUAACAGCAUAUUACUGGCGGCACUCAAUCUUUUCAUCAAUACCAACAGUCAAGAAUUGUUGAAAGAAAUGAAACCGGAUCUAAGGAGGAAACUAGUACAAGUGAUGUCGAGUUUCGUCGAAAACCUUUUUGCUCAAGUACCAUACGACGCCUGGAUUACGGAUUAAACAAUUGUGUCUGAUAAUUAUCAAGAGGAAAACCAAUUGCGUCAUUGAUGCACCUUUGAACGUGGGUCUUGACACGGGAGAAAAAGAACUCUCAUGCAAUAAAAGAAUUGUUAUAGAGUGUACAAUGAAAAUCAUGGAUAGACAUAAAUAUCGAUUAUUUUUAAUCGGUAUUUCCAUGCGUCGAGACAAAGUUUGCACGUAACAAUUAAUAGACUUUUAAAUCUUGCGUAAAUUGCCCGAGGAACAAUCUACAUCUGCAAAUGUUAAACAAUUGCACGGCAUAUACCAUACAGGGUAUUUUAUAUAAACUCGUAUCACAC